AUGAACGAGCGUAUGGUCCGCAUCACGCAUGCGAUCAUCAUGUCGUUUACCCUCCUCUUCGCCAUCGUCACGCUCGGUAUCAGUGCCAGCCUCGUUUCCAUGUACAACAAGGAGGGCAACCCGGCGCACCACGGCACACAGUACCGUGACCGCAUCCGGAUCACGCUCGUCGGUGCCGUUUGGACCACUGUGUUUUCGCUUGUCCUCCUCAUCGGCUUCCAGACCGCCGGCCACUCGGCCGCGUGGGGUAUCAUCACCCACAUGGUUCCCAUCGUCAUUGGCUUCCUCCUGACCCUCAUCGGCGCCUCGUCCGUCACGGCACUCACGAACACUGUCGACUGCGGCAACAAGGACCAGACCUUCAACCACUGCAGCAUGGUCAAGAACAUGGUCGUCACCGCAUGGAUCGACACGAUCUUCCUGUUCAUCGGCGUCGUCCUCCUCAUCAUCAUCGCGUUCCACGCACGCGCGUGGGGCGGAGCCCGCCGCCAGAGCCUCUACGUCGAGUAG